CAUCCAUUCCGCGCCCCGCCUUAUCCUCCUCUCAUCUCCCGUACAAAAAAACGCGCGCUCAAGCCAUCCCAUCCAGUUCCACCCCCGCCGGCCACACUCGUCUCUCUCACGAGCCACAGCCCACAGCAGGCUAGCUCUCUAGCGGUCUAGCCAGUCCACGCAGCGCAGGGAUGGCGUCGUUCGCCGUGGCAACGGCCCCGUCGCUAGCGGCCCCGGCAGCCAAGAGGAGGCCCGCCGCCGGCGUCACGUACGUGGAGGGCAUGAACGCCUACAGCGGCCUCAAGGGGCUCAACAAGGUGACCAUGCUCGGGGUGCGCAAGACCGCCGACUACUCCUUCGCCAAGGUCGUGGCGUCGCUCAGCCCCGCGGGCAGGAAGCGGCGCGGCGGGGCGUUCGGCGCCCAGAUGAACGCCGCCGCCGAGAUCUUCAGGAUCGCCGCCACCAUGAGCGGCCUCGUGCUCGUCGGCGUCGCCGUCGGCUUCGUGCUGCUCCGGGUGGAGGCCGCCGUCGAGGAGGCCGAGUAGGGCGCUCGCGCCUGCUUCAUAAGCCGUGAUAUAUAUAUAAAAACGUGAUGUAUGCUUUCGAUUCAAUCUUUGGUAUGUACUGUAUCAACGAUGACAAUUGAUGAAUACUGUGGAAAACAUGUUUUCAGAGCCGAGGUCGUCUGACAUUGAUC